CUGGGAGUAUCCAGCUUGAUAACGUACAACUAUAGACACAACCAUCGGCAACAUCGCAAUCCAGGCUGUAGUAACGGUCAAGGACCCUCCUCUCAGCUAUGUCGAUCCAGCCGCUGAGCCAGGAUGUCUGGCUAACGUCCAUCCAAGAACUACAAAAAUCCAUACAAGACCCUAAAUACCGCCGAGACCUCUCCCCUCAGACCCUUGAGUCCCUGCUCUUCUCUCAUAUCGACCACCUCGUCGACCCGGGUGCGGCAUUCGCAGGUCCUUCUGAAUGUUCACGGUCGAAAGUUCGGGCGGGGGAACGAGUACGAAUCCCAGGGACGGAUUCUGAAGCAGCUUCGACGUCGGCAGCAGCAGCAGGAUCGAGCACGAGUAAUGGGAACGGGAACGGGAACGAGAUCGAGGUUGAACAGGAGGACGUCUCCCUGGCGCUCGAGCUCAGCGAUCGGUUAGCGAUUGACGAGGUCGAGGCUCUUGUCCUGAUCAAGCGUUUCCAGAAGGAUGAACGUGCGGGUGCCGGUGGUCAUGGUGGGACUCGGAAUAGGAAGGAGGAUGGGACGACGACGGUGAUGGGCGGGAAGAACGGGAUCAUCCCACGCCGACUAGCUGGACCCGGUUCGGAGCUCUCUAGAUCCAGACUCAAUGCAUCCACCACGACCUCGAAUUCAAACUCGACAAGCUCAAAACCGGACGAACAGACUUUGACCCAAUUGACUAGGUACUUUCAGGCGGAAUCCCUGGCGCUCGUCAGGCUUUUGACGACCAUCAUCGUCCGCGCAGCCGGAGCUGGCAACCACGAUCCGAUGGAAGCUUCCCUCUUGGCCGGCGAUACCGAAGAAGAAGGAUCUUCCAGACUUCCCAUCGGGGUCAAGGCCAUGCGUCUGGACUUCAUGUGCGAACGAGCCUUGCUCCAGCUCGCAGACCAUCAUCAGAAACAAAACUCGGGGGCCACGUUGGUCAGGGUCAUCUUCUCCUCGUUCGCCCGAGCCGCUCAUCAGACCGUCCAGUAUAAACCCAUAGGAGGUGGGUCGGCGACGGGUUCGGCGGUGAUGGCCCGCUCUUGGAUCGUGCAUCACUUGAAGGUGCAGACGGCCCUCUUGGAAUCCCUCUUCCAGCUCGUCUACUGGUCACCCGUCGCUGCUCUCGGAUCCGUACCAGCAAACUCAACAGGCGAAGAGGGACCCGACACGCUUCUUGAUGCCGAGACCGCCGUAGGUCUCAUACAAGGGAUCUUUGGAUCCACCUUUGGAGCUCAACAAGCCAAUGCGAGGUUGAUCGAAAGUCUCAAGGUUCAGGAAGCGGGAAGGUGGUUGGACAAGAUCGAGCUCCUCUUGGGACUCAUCGCCUUGGAGACACUCGGCUUGUCGGGGAUCUCUAGGGGAACGGUGGUACCGCUGGACGAAUACCCACCCGGUGGAGAGAACGAGAACGCGGAGGGUACGAGAAAGACGUUGACGCUCGUUCAGAGCAAAGAAGCUGUCGACAUGAUCCAUACGACAUUGGGCACGGCUUCGUUGGAGACGACCCGUCGAGCUCCCUUCCCCUUGAUCCUCCUCGCAUGGUCCUUUAUCCUCUCCCGGCUACAUCCGGACAUAGUCCCCCAAGGUUCGGGGGAUGGGGAGUUUGUGCCCGUCUACCAGACCGUAGCGAGCAUAGCUCUGGGAGACGAGAUGCAGGUGUUUGAGAAGUGGACGGGGUUGCUGAGAGGGAAAGGGAUGUGGAAGGACGAUAAAGGGGACGUGGGCGAUGAUUAUGUGGUCGGGUACAAGGAUACGAUGAACUGCCUGAUGGUCGCGCUGUGUACGAUCAUCCGUCCUCCUCAUGUUCAACAGUUCGACAAACUCGCCGCCGUCUUUACCUCGCUCUAUGGUCAAGGACCACGGGACGCCGUCAUCUCGGUCUGUGGUGACUUUUGGCGCAACGCCGCGAGCGACGGGAGGCGAGACGUCCUGGAAUGCGCGGCGUUCCCGUUGUUCCCUAUACCCCUCAUCGAAUUGCUUACGGGUCUGUCUGGAGCGGGGACUGUAAAGACGGACGAGGUCGAGGACGACGACCAGGUCGAUGAUGCCGAGUUGCUAGAUGUCUCGCCUAGAGAGACGGUUAAACAAUCGUUCGACUACUUCUCGGCGCUGGAUCAGGUGACGUUGAUGUUCAAGGGUUCGGGCGCACAUGAUGGCGGAUUCACUCGAGAGCUAAGGGGACAGACGGUCAUCAUCACGCUGGAAAACGAUCUUGAACUGCCCUGUGGUCAAGUGAUCCCGGCAAAGACGCAGGGCGUACUAGUUAGUCGAUCGGGGGCGGACACCAUGGUCGUCAAGUGGGCGGUCAACGAUCUAUCUGGAUGGAGGAUGCUCGUCUCGCUCAUGCAGGCUGCAUUGGCUCGGGACGAGGCGGGACGACGCAAGGCGCAGGAAUGGAGUCGUUUCGUAGAUACGUCGAACCUGACGGGCGUCCUGUCCGCCGGGUUGGGAUACGUUCGAGACCUCCUGUCGGUGGACCCUAGUCUGGCAGACCAGCUGGUCGACGUACAAGACCUUUCGGCGUCCGUGAUUCGAUCUAGCAACAAGGCGUCGGCGAGCGACCUCUUGUCAAUCUCGUUCGCGUUGCUGGAUCAGACGGUCGUGGUACGCCAAGAAGAGAGGUGGCGACUGGCGAUCGCUUCGGCUACUUCGAUCGUCUCGAUUCUACUCUACAAGUUUCCUCAAAGGAUCUGGUCUGAACUCCGGUCGAGCGGCUUCUUUACGUUUACCCGUCAGGACGUCUUAACGCUCCGCAUCAUCAUCGAUCGGGACAUUCAGGCCGGCGAGUUCACUUCCACUAUCAAUGUGCUCAACCUGAUUGUCAAGCUGGCAGAGCACGUUCAAUUGGGUCAAUUCCAGGCCGACCCGGAGACCGUUCAUAACCGGUCCCUUACCAUGACGAACACGAUUCAAUUUUUGCAUCAAUCGGUAUGGACCCGGUAUAGGGGUUGGAGGUACACCAGUACGAGGCAGAAGGCUCAAGUCGCUACCGCGCUCGCUAAGCUAUACAGCUCGGUACUUCGAAAUCCCACUUUCACCGCCCAAUACACUCGACCGGGUGCUCAGUUUCCUCUCAACGCGCUCAACGACGUGGUGUGCGACAAGCUUGUGCGGACUUCGUCGGAAUUUGACCUUCUACCUCUCCUCGAUACCAUCACUACUCCUCUUUACGGCGCAUCUGGCAGUCCCGUCCAUCAGGUCGACCGUGCACCUCUUGAACGAGCGCUAUUCGCGGCUCUCCAAUUGGCCUAUCAUAUUGCGGUCGCCUGUCAAGCCAUUGGCACACAUGCUGAUUUAAGCAUUCUAUCUGUCGUAUCACGAACCACCGAUGGUCACAGCGAGACCGACACUUUGCACGUCAUUGAAGCAGUGUUCGAUAUCGCCACUUCACCCUACCUCGAGGACCACACUGCCGUCGCCGCGUUACGCUUCUUGCAAAUUCUCAUGAUCCAAGGUAGGACCGCGGAAUCUCCCUUUAGCUUCAUGGCAUGUCUCAGGUCGCCACAAGAGACAAGCGACAGGUUCGUCGACCUGCUCGCACGCGGCGCUCGAUCAGCCGAGGUGCAAGACGCUGCCUGGCAGGUGCUUCGGUCGAUGGCCGAAACGCAGCCUGCGCUGGCGAGAUUCUGCUUGCACAAGGACCAGGAGACGAAGUCGACAGCGCUAGAGGUCGCAGUUAAGACUGUGACGCAACGAGAGCAGGUCGCAAAAGCAAACGCGCGGCUCUUGACCCGAUCGAUAGGGCUGCUACAGGAUCUUUAUGAUCACCAUGCCGAUCUCGUCGACACCCUGCAGAUUGCCAGCGAUGCUAAAUUGUGGACGGCCGUCUUGGACUUUGUGCUCGAAGUGCAACCUGGCGGCGCAGUGGUGGAUCGACCAGCGAUGGAUGCGAAGAACGCUGGAGAUGAUGAGAACAAUGUCGUCGACGCGUACAUCAACCGAUGCUACAUGCGCAGCGCCAAAGCCUCCGCGAUGCGUCUUCUCCAUACGGUUCUGGUCAACUCGGCUUCCAGCCGAGAUGAGGAUACUGUAUCCCGACCGGACGUCAAGACUGCAUUGGCUUUGCUAAAGGCAGACAUACAGUCAGCCCGCCUUUUAGCUGAUGCUACAGCGAGCGCCUUUGAUCCCGAACUUCGAGUGGAACAAGCCGGUCUCAUCCAAACGAUAUUGCCUGCUGCCUACCUGGAGAUGCUGCAGAACCCGGCUCCUACACACAUGCGGCUGUUCGGAGAUGUGUUCACGUUCGACAAGGACGUACUCCGUGGCAUCUUUGACCUACCCAAUGCCGAGAGACGAGCCCUAUUGACCUGUUUCCAGCUGAUCAGCAUGAACGAGUCUGCCACCGUGGCCGACGAAGAGGUGGCUCAAGCCGCCAUGACGCUUGCGCAAUCUGCGAUCGAUUUUGCCCGUGAAGAGGGCGUCUCUGCAACGACAGCUGCAGCGUUUGCGGCCGUUAUCGGACCCAUCUCGGAAGAAGCUCGAGAUGGCAACUUUGUCAUUGGACUGCAGAACCAACGCUACCAGCUACUGCAAACAUUAUUAGAGGCAACCUGGGUUGGCGAUUGGCGCGCUGAUGAUCAGUGGAUUCGAUCCACAUUGCGCCCGUUUGCGACGAUCUUUGACUCGGGCAGUUUCCCAUUGACGCUGCCCUUUGAGGAACCGUCAAUACCGGCAUACUACCGACCUUUGGUCAACGCUUUGAUUCUGUACCUCCGAUACACUCGCGAGUCUGCCCGGCGGGAACAGGCAGACGACGACCUUACUCUGGAACUGGACGAAUUCUUGCGAUCCGUCGUGCCUAUCGUGGCACAGCUGCUCAGAGACGUCUUCACGACGGUACAGUCGAAUCCCACGGCCUCGGCUGUAGAAGACCUGGGUUUGAUCGUAUCGGUAAUAGGUGGACUGAUGGGACACCGCUCAGCCGAAUCCUUGUGCCUUGCGCAUCUCGAGCAGAACGGUUUGAUCCUUCGGAGCUGCGAGAUCAUCUCGCGGUCGGCACUAGCUUCGCCCAGCGUGCUGAAGAGCAUCACCCGAUUACACUGGACCAUUGCGCAGGUACCCUCGGGUGCCGAAAAGUUGUCGGUGCAAGCCGUUUUGCGGGUUUACGGUCGAACUACGUUGCUUCGUGAACUCUCGAUACAUCCUGAACGCGUGACCGACGAGGAAGACGUGCAAACCAUCUGGACGACGAUGCUUUCGGUGGCAAGAAGCCUGCUUCAGACGCUCCCUUACACGGCCGAAUAUGUCAAGACCGAGAUCUUGCCGUUCGUCCAAGACAUGCAAGGGCUAAUCGUCUCUGCACUCGGCUGGAAACUGGACGGCGACUCGCUUCUGGUACAACUCGCCGAGGUGCAUUCUGUCCUCGAGAUCUUGCUACAUAUCGCCCGGGACGUAGAGACCGACCUCGAAGCUUCGAAACGACUUUUGCGGGAUUACAGCAAGCCCGUCCUCGAAUACCUUCAUCAAGCAACCAGCGCCUUGGCCCGACCGACAGUCAUUCGGACAAAGGUCGUACAGACUUUUGGGUUCGAGAUGGAAGAACCAGACGGCAAUGACAAGACUAUCGCCAGCGCCAUCGAUGCUGCCGAAGACUGUGUCAUUCAGGCCCUUCUCGUCACGUCGUCAUCAGCUGUGUCUCUCUUGUCUGAAUGGCUCUCCAUCUCGUCGGCAUUCAGCCGAAGUUCCAGCGGAUUCGUCAACCACCAUCCUCGACUACCUGCAGUCUCGACGCACAUGACGGCCUCACGAAUCCUGGUCGAGUUCGCUAGCUGCAUCAUCGACCUCGACCUGGAAUCCUCCCUCAAGACCUCUCCUGAUUCACCUCGACCGCUCCUUGGCGCGUUUACGGCCAUCUGGCCUGCGGUCUCUGAAGACCGGCUGCAGGUGAUCAGGCAACAGGCACUGGAGACGACCUUGUUGGUAGCGACCGUCCAGGCCACGGGGAUCUAUCUGGCCGACCAGAACGAGGAGAAGAGGGAGAAGGCCGCAUUGGAAAAGGGUGGCAAUUCGGACAAGGGGAGCACGCCGGCCAAGAAGAAGAGUCAGGAUCGGCGGCAAGGGAAACAAGAUCUCAGGGACGUCGUCGAUACGGUCAAGAGGUUCCGAGACGGCGAGCUCGAUCCCGUGUGUAACGUGUGUAACAUCUAUUUGGAGGCUCGGUGUGGGAACUUGUCCGACAUCUGAUCGGGCACGAGAACGAAACCUACGGUUCGAGAAGGGAGUCGUGGUCGAGAGACAGCAAGGAUGGAGACGGGCACCGAGACGAGACCAUCGGUGGGGACAGAGACGGGUUUGUGGAUUCAGUACGAUGUAUAUCACAGUAAUAGUAAAGCAUUUCUCGGUUUUGUGGAUAUCGUCUUCUUUCAUCAUGUUUUAUAACGAGAUACGAAUAUACGAAUGACAUUUGG